AUUUCUGUUUAUUGUAAUCUAUGUUUGUUUUGAGUUUUGUGUUCAUGAAGAAAAUGGAAAAAAUUCAAUUUGCUCUUUGAAUUUGAGGUUAAAAAUAGUCAAUUUUUGAUUUUGACAUUGUGAAGGAAUUCGGUCAACUUACUUCAAUUUUUCGUAAAUUGUUUAUGGUUAUGGUUGGAAUUAGUUAAUUGCUAUGUGGUGGGAUCGGGAUGAUCCCUUCACGUUUAACUAGAGGUGUUGAGUUUGAGCUUGUGAAUAAAAAAAAAAUCUUUGUAGGAAACUCUUUCUCCCUUAAUGGGCAUUUGAAUCUAAAUUACUCUGGCUCUAAUGCGGGUACUACUGCAUUAGGUGGGAAACCAAAAGAAAGAGUUAAUGACGUUAGCUAUUUUCAUGGAAAAGAAAAUCUUUAUAUUCAUUGAGCUGCUUCUAUCUGUUCUAAAGCAAGUUCUUUUGAUGAUUUUAGUUUCCUGUCAAGCUGACUUGUUUCAGAAAAUUGGAUAAUUCUGUUUGUUUCGUUUCAAAAGCUUUAUAGGGAAAGCUUCACUCUUGUGCAUUUACGAAAUGGAGAAAUGAAAAGAGGAAUUGGGGAGAGAAUUUAGUUAUAUGUCAACUUGUACCAUCAAAGUUUAUGUUUCUAUCUCCUAUUGGCAUACAGAUAUCAACCUUUCCGAAGGCGUUUUAUGUGUUUUUGGCUUUUAGAUAUUGAAAUGUAGGCUUGGAGAUGUAGGUUGGAGGUUGACAAACAAAUGUAUUUUCAAUCAAAACGAAUUGAAAUGCAGUUUUCGCCAUAUUCUAGCUUUGCGAUCUAUUUCAAUUUUUUCAGGAGCUAACUCUUGUUUAUAAAUAGAUUCUAGCUACAAAGUAUUUUUUUUAACUACUUUUGUUUUUCAAACGAAUAGAUGCAUUCUAUGAUUAGUAUCUAGUGCCUGAAUCUAGCGUGUUUACUUGGGACCGUAGUUUUUCCAACCCUUGCUCCUCACAAGUCAUAUGCAUACUCCCUAUAGGCCAAGUUCUUAAUGAAAGGAAAAUGGAAGCGAAAUAGGAGGAUGCUUUGCUAAGUUAUCUUCUUUCAUUUUGCUUUCCAAAUGGUCAACUCAUCAGAAACGAACUAACUAUAUGUAAUAUAGUCUUUUGGAAAUCUGGAUUUCAUGCUUCAAUAGAAGUUGUUGACAUUCAAUCAUGUUGCCGUGCAGAUAAACGUAUCUCAUGGCUUUGGAACAAAAUUUUGUUGGUGAAGAUAUGUUCAGUUUUGUAUCUGAAGAAGAUGUUUCCCUUAAGAAGGGGAGUGCAGUUCCAGUUCCAGUUCCAGUUCCAACAUCAAGUUCUGACAAUAUAACAGGAGGUUAUGAUUGCAAUAUUUGUCUCGACUCAGCACAUGAUCCUGUUGUCACCCUCUGCGGACACCUCUACUGCUGGCCUUGCAUUUACAAGUGGCUUCAGGUCGAGACCUCUACUCCGGGAUCAGAAGAGAAAUGUAAAUGUCCAGUCUGUAAGGCUCACAUCUCUAACUCAUCGCUAAUACCUCUCUAUGGCCGUGGAAUAUCAUCUACAGAAUCUGAAUCCAAGAAAUCUCAACUGGAUGUUGUUCUACCCCGCAGGCCUCAAGCCAUUGGAAUAGCAACACUAGUUAAUUCAUUGUCUCCAUCUUCUCACAUGAGUCAGCAACUUCAUCACAGGCGAUCCGUCCCCUCUGCUUUUGGUAGCUAUGCUGCUUUGGCUCCAUCUAGCUUUGGGGGUACUCCAACGAUAAGUUUGUCCAGCCCAACAGUUGGGGUAUUCGGAGAAAUGUUUUUGGGAAGGAUGUUCGGAAACUCAGACGCAAGUUUAUUUGCUUAUCCUCACCCAAACACUUCCUUCAUUCCAGGAAGUGGCAGUUAUAGAAUGAGGCAGGUGGAAAAAUCUCUUAACAGAUUAUCCAUCUUUCUUUUCUGCUGCAUUAUCCUAUGCCUUCUCCUAUUCUGAGUGUUUAAUGCUUGGUGUAUAGUUGUGAAAAUUGUGCUACUGUUGUCACUAACAGUCGGUCAGUAGAUAGUAGAAAUACAUAAUAAGAGAUUCAACAACAACAGAAAAAAAAAGCUCAAUACCGUGCAAAGGUUGUUUUUUUUUUUUUACUCUUAUAGUCUUCUGUGAAACUUUCUUGCCCUUCAGAAAGUGGCAACAGACAUAGCCAUGGCUAUCUGCUCUGUCACUUUGGUAGUCUCUUGUAAGGAGCCCACUGAACCUUUUGCUUUGUGGCCCAAAUGGUCUCGUGAUAUGAAGAACGAACAUGUUACUUUCCUAUUUUUUCUGUAUUCUCUGAUCUU